UUUCACGUCUUGUAACACGUCUAGUAAAGCCGCAUAGCUUUUACGCAUACGUUACAAUCACAUGUGAUAAUUUUCUCAUCCUAAUAAAUAUUAAUUCGUGAUUUGACGUGGAACGGAUCGGAGAGGAAAAGAACCGAGCUCUAAAAAUGACUUGAUUUUUUUUUCAGGGACAAAGUUGUCAUUUUCCCGUCAAAAAGAUGGCAGAUAACAGUGAUACAGAGAGCCAGAGCACCCAAGCAGUGGCCGAGGUGCCGGCUCUGGUGAAAUAUUUGCGAAAGAUCGUGCCGUUGCUGUUGGAAGAUGGCGAGGCCUCGACGGCUUUGGACAACGCCCUUGCCGACAAAUCUAAUGUCGAGUGCAUGAAAAAAUUCCUGUCAGACACCCAGACACCGAGUGUUCUUGUCGAGCGGAACGUGAAUAAGGAAGAAGAAGAUGACGAUGAGACCAGUGUGGCGUCUGAUGUCACUGAUGCGGAGGGUGAAGUCACGUUCAAUAUCUCCAGCGAAGUUCACUUCACCAACACCAAAAUGACAGGUGUUGUGUUCUUGAAGCGCGGCACCAUCAUCGAUGCAGAGAAGUCCAUUCCCAGUCAAGUCCGAGUCAUCAACCUGAGCGAGGGCUCACCCUUCGAGACACUUCAUGCCUACGUCAGUAAUGCCAUGGCACCUUACUUCAAAUCCUACGUCAGAGCAUCUGGCAAAGCCGACAGGGAUGGAGACAAGAUGGCACCCUCCGUCGAGAAGAAGAUCGCGGAGCUGGAGAUGGGCCUCCUGCACCUGCAGCAGAACAUAGACAUCCCGGACAUCACCCUCACCAUCCACCCGGUGGUCUCCACCAUGAUCAGGAACUUUGCCAAGGAGGGCCGCAAGCCAAAAGUCAACGACUUCAUGGAUAAAGUGGAGGAUUCCGUGUUCCUCAACAACCUGCAGCACGGCGUCAACCGCUGGAUCCGGGAAAUUCAAAAGGUGACCAAACUGGACCGUGAUCCCGGCUCGGGGACCGCCCUACAAGAGAUCAGCUUCUGGCUGAACCUGGAGCGAGCCCUGAUGAAGAUCCAGGAGAAACGAGAGAGUCCCGAGGUGGCCCUGACCCUGGACAUCCUGAAGCACGGCAAGAGGUUUCAUGCAACCGUCAGCUUCGACACAGACACAGGACUGAAGCAUGCCUUAGCCACUGUGGCCGACUACAGCCCCCUGAUGAAGGACUUCCCGCUCAACGACCUCCUCUCGGCCACGGAGCUGGAUCGCAUCCGCGAUGCCUUGGUCAGCAUCUUUAACCAUCUGCGCAAGAUCCGCAACACCAAGUACCCAAUCCAACGAGCGCUGCGAUUGGUCGAGGCCAUCUCCAGAGAUCUCAGCAGCCAAUUGCUCAAGGUUCUUGGCACCCGACGCCUGAUGCACAUCAGCCACGAUGAGUUUGAGAAGGUCAUGAACGCCUGCUUCGAGGUGUUCAGCUCCUGGGACGACGAGUACGAGAAACUGCAAGGCCUGCUGCGAGACAUCGUCAAGAAGAAGAGAGAGGAGAGCCUGAAGAUGGUCUGGAGGGUCAACCCCGCCCACAAGAAGCUGCAGGGACGGCUGGAACAGAUGCGCAAAUUUCGUCGGCAGCACGAGCAGCUGCGCGCAGUGAUAGUCAGAGUCCUCCGGCCGGCUGUGACCCAGGUAUCAGGGAGUCCGGGUACCACACCAGACGAGCCACCAGGAAGUCUCAACGAGCUGAUGAUGGACGCUGCUGACGCCAACGCUAUCGAAGAGGUGAACCUGGCCUAUGAGAACGUGAAGGAAGUGGAGAGUCUGGAUGUCAGUAAGGAGGGAAACGAAGCUUGGGAGGCAGCCAUGAAGAGAUAUGACGAACGCAUCGACCGCGUGGAAACCCGCAUCACAGCCCGCCUGCGCGACCAGCUGGGCACGGCCAAGAACGCCAACGAGAUGUUCCGCAUCUUCUCACGUUUCAACGCCCUCUUUGUGCGGCCUCACAUCCGCGGCGCCAUCCGUGAGUACCAGACACAGUUGAUCCAACGCGUCAAGGACGACAUCGAAUCACUGCACGACAAAUUCAAGGUCCAGUAUCCCCAGAGCAAGGCCUGCAGAAUGAGCAAAGUGAGAGACCUACCCCCAGUCUCAGGAUCCAUCAUCUGGGCCAGACAGAUUGAUCGUCAGCUGAGCGCAUACAUGCACCGCGUGGAGGACGUCCUGGGCAAAGGCUGGGAGAACCACGUGGAGGGCCAGAAACUCAAGGCAGAUGGAGACAGCUUCAGGGCCAAGCUCAACACCCAGGAACUCUUUGAUGAUUGGUCCCGCAAGGUUCAGAUGCGUCAGCUGGGUGUCUCGGGUCGCAUCUUCACCAUCGAGAGCCAGAGAACCAGACAAGGAGGCAAGGGGAACCUGCUCAAGCUGAAAGUCAACUUCCUGCCAGACAUCAUCACUCUCUCCAAAGAGGUGCGUAACUUGAAGUGGCUUGGUUUCCGCGUACCCCUGGCCAUCGUCAACAAGGCUCACCAGGCCAACCAGCUCUACCCGUUCGCCAUCUCCUUGAUUGAGAGCGUCCGGACCUACGAGAGAACCUGCGAGAAGGUGGAGGAGAGACAGACCAUCACCCUCCUGGUGGCCGGCUUGAAGAAGGAGGUCCAAGGACUCAUUGCGGAGGGUGUGGCUCUCGUGUGGGAAUCCUACAAGCUGGAUCCUUAUGUACAGAAGUUGGCUGAAGCAGUCUUCAACUUCCAAGAAAAGGUUGAUGAUUUGCUGCUCGUUGAAGAGAAGAUUGACAAUGAGGUGCGAUCCUUGGACCACUGUGACUACAACACCAAUGUCUUCGCCGAGAUCCUGAGCCACAUUCAGAAGGAAGUGGACGAUCUGAACCUGCACUCCUACUCCAACCUGCCGCAGUGGGUGGCCAAACUAGACAUGGAGGUUGAGAAGAGACUGGCUCGACGUCUACAGGCCGGUCUGCGAGCUUGGACCCAGUGCCUCCUGGGUAAGGACAUGGGAAUGGAGGACAGUAUGGACACCGAUGUCUCCAACAAGCACAAGCCAGGAGGCGAGCCCAAGAUCACAGGCAUGAUCCACGAGAUCCGCAUCACCAACCAGGUCAUGUACCUGGCUCCUCCCAUCGAGGAGGCUCGCUUCCAGCUCAUGCAGCAGCUCUUUGCCUGGGAACGCAUCAUCACAGGCCUCAAGCGACUAGAGAGCUCUCGCUACCAGGUGGGCAUUGAGCAGCACGAGUCCAACAAGACGGCCGUCUAUCGGACCCUCCUCAGCAAGCUCCCCGACGGCAAACAGGUCUUGGAGGAACCCUACGAGGCUAUUGAGAAGAUCCUCAAGCAAGUCCAGGAGUAUGUCAAGGAGUGGCUUCAGUACCAAUCCCUGUGGGACAUGCAGCCCCACAACGUCUACACUCGCAUUGGAGAUGACUUGAAGCUCUGGAUGCAACUGCUAGUUGAAAUCAGACAAUCUCGCACCACGUUCGACAACGCCGAGACGCGCAAGGAAUUCGGCCCCAUGGUGGUGGACUACGGCAAGGUGCAGUCCAAGGUCAACAUGAAGUAUGACGCCUGGCACAAGGAGAUCCUGAGCAAGUUUGGUAACAACCUGGGAUCUGAGAUGACGGACUUCCACGGCUCCCUGGCAAAGUCUCGCACGGAGUUGGAGCAACACUCAGUGGACACGGCCAGUACCUCUGAUGCCGUCAGCUUCAUCACCUACGUACAGAACCUCAAGAGGAAGUACAGGGCCUGGGAGAAACAGGUCGAGAUGUACCGUGGAGGACAGAAGCUGUUGGAACGUCAGCGCUACCAGUUUCCUUCCAGCUGGCUGUAUGUGGAUAACAUCGAGGGCGAGUGGGGCGCUUACAAUGAGAUCAUGAAGCGUAAGGACACAGCUAUCCAACAACAGGUUGCCAGCCUGCAGAUGAAGAUCGUGUCGGAGGACCGGACCGUGGAGGCUCGCACCACAGAACUCCUGACGGAAUGGGAGAAGAACAAGCCCAUCGACGGCGAGCUGAGGCCAGACCUCGCCACCAACACCCUGACCAUCUUCGAGGGCAAGUUUGCUCGGCUGAAGGAGGACCGGGACAACAUCACCAAGGCCAAGGAAGCGCUGGAACUCCAAGAAAUCGGUGUGGCCAGUCCUAGCGAGGAGCGAGUCCAGGUGGCCCUGGAGGAGCUCCAGGAUCUCAAGGGAGUCUGGUGUGAGCUGGCCCGCAUCUGGGAGCAGAUUGACGAGCUCAAGGAGAAGCCCUGGCUGUCGGUGGCUCCCCGCAAGCUGCGACAGAGCCUGGACGCACUGAUGACGCAGCUCAAGAGCUUGCCGGCGCGGCUGCGACAGUACGCCUCCUAUGAGCAUGUACAGAGGGUGCUGAAGGGAUACGCCAAGGUCAACAUGCUGGUGGUGGAGCUCAAGUCGGAAGCCCUGAAGGAGCGACACUGGAAGCAGCUGAUGAAGCGUCUCAGGGUCAGCUGGGUGCUGUCAGAGCUGACCCUGGGCCUGGUCUGGGACGUGGACCUGCAGAAGAACGAGAACAUCGUACGCGACAUCAUCAACGUGGCUCAAGGAGAAAUGGCCCUGGAGGAAUUCCUCAAACAGGUCCGUGAUGUCUGGCAAUCCUACGAGCUGGAUCUGAUCAACUUCCAGAACAAAUGCCGGAUCAUCCGCGGCUGGGACGACCUUUUCACAAAGGUCAAGGAGCACAUCAACAGUGUGGCAGCCAUGAAACUCUCCCCAUACUACAAGGUGUUUGAGGAGGAUGCGUUGGCAUGGGAGGACAAGCUGAACCGCAUCAAUGCCCUGUUUGAUGUCUGGAUUGACGUCCAGCGCCGAUGGGUCUAUCUGGACGGCAUCUUCUCAGGCAGUGCUGACAUCAAGCAUCUCCUGCCGGUGGAGACGCAGCGAUUCUCAAGCAUCAGCACAGAGUUCCUGGCCCUGAUGAAGAAAGUGGCCAAGUCUCCCCUGAUCCUGGACGUGGUCAACAUCCCUGGCGUCCAGCGCUCCUUGGAGAGACUCGCGGACCUGCUGGGCAAGAUCCAGAAAGCUCUCGGAGAGUACCUGGAGAGGGAGAGGGCUUCCUUCCCAAGAUUCUACUUUGUGGGAGACGAGGACCUUCUGGAGAUCAUCGGCAACAGCAAGAACGUGGAGAAACUCCAGAAGCACUUCAAGAAGAUGUUUGCUGGAGUUUCCGCCCUGAACCUGAGUGAGGAUCUCAGCCUGGUCCUGGGCAUUGCCUCCAGGGAGGGGGAGGAGGUUUUGUUCAAGACCCCCGUCUCCAUCACCGAGCACCCCAAGAUCAACGAAUGGCUGACGCUGGUUGAGAACGAGAUGAGAGUGACCCUAGCCAAGCUGCUGGCCGCGGCCGUGAUGGGCAUGGCUCAGUUCCGAGAGGGGGAGAUCGACUCCGCCAAAUUCCUGGAAUGGGUGGAUCAGUAUCAGGCCCAGCUUGUAGUGCUCUCAGCCCAGAUCUCCUGGUCCGAGUCCACGGAUAAAGCCCUGGGGGUCAUAGCCCAGGGUAAACCCGGGGACAUGGCCCCUCUCCAGGGUGUCCUGCAGACAGUUGAGAACACCUUACAGGUCCUGGCUGACUCGGUGCUGCAGGAGCAGCCUCCUGUCAGACGCAAGAAGCUGGAACACUUGAUCACAGAGCUGGUCCACCAGCGUGACGUCACCCGCAUGCUGAUCCAGAACAAGACCAGCAGCCCCACGGCCUUCGACUGGCUCUGCCAGAUGCGCUUCUACUUUGACCCCAAGCACACGGACGUCCUUCAGCAGCUGUCCAUCCAGAUGGCCAACGCUCGCUUCAACUACGGCUUUGAGUACCUGGGCGUGCAGGACAAGCUUGUCCAGACGCCGCUGACUGACCGCUGCUACCUGACCAUGACGCAGGCUCUGGAGGGCAGACUAGGUGGAUCUCCAUUUGGCCCUGCCGGUACCGGCAAGACGGAGUCUGUGAAGGCCCUAGGACACCAGCUGGGACGCUUUGUCUUAGUCUUCAACUGUGAUGAGAGAUUUGACUUCCAGGCAAUGGGUCGCAUCUUUGUGGGUCUAUGUCAAGUAGGAGCCUGGGGAUGCUUUGAUGAGUUCAAUCGUCUGGAGGAGAGGAUGCUGUCUGCCGUCUCCCAGCAGAUCCAGACCAUCCAGGAGGCGCUCAAGGAGAAACUGGGAGAAACCAAGUCCAAAGAACGCAUCAGUGUGGAGAUCGUAGGCAAGCAGGUCCGUGUCAACCCAGACAUGGCCAUCUUCAUCACCAUGAACCCCGGCUACGCGGGCCGCUCCAACCUCCCGGACAACCUGAAGAAGCUGUUCCGUUCCCUGGCCAUGACCAAGCCAGACAGGCAGCUGAUUGCCCAGGUCAUGCUGUACUCCCAGGGCUUCCGCACGGCCGAGAAACUGGCCUCCAAGAUCGUGCCCUUCUUCCAACUGUGCGAUGAGCAACUCUCCUCCCAGUCCCACUACGACUUUGGCCUGCGGGCCCUCAAGAGCGUCCUGGUCAGCGCCGGUAACGUCAAGCGAGAUCGCAUUCAGAGGAUCAAGGAGGAUCUUGCCGAACGCGGAGAGGAGGCGGAUGAGGGAACCAUCUCAGAGAGGUUGCCCGAGCAAGAGAUUCUGAUCCAGAGUGUGUGCGAGACCAUGGUGCCCAAGCUGGUAGCCGAGGACAUCCCACUACUCCACAGCCUGCUGUCUGACGUCUUCCCCGGUGUCCAAUACACACAGGCUGAGAUGAAAGGCUUGAGACGUGAGCUGGCCAAGGUGUGCCAGGAGAUGUAUCUGACCUACGGAGAAGCAGACGAGAUGGGCACACACUGGGUCCAGAAGGUGUUGCAACUGUACCAGAUCUCCAACUUGAACCACGGUCUGAUGAUGGUGGGUCCUAGCGGCAGCGGCAAGAGUAUGGCCUGGAAGGCCCUCCUCAAGUCUCUGGAAAGACUGGAAGGAGUGGAAGGCGUUGCUCAUGUCAUCGACCCCAAAGCCAUGUCCAAGGAGGACCUGUACGGCAACCUGGAUCCCAACACCAGAGAGUGGACUGACGGUCUCUUCACACACAUCCUCAGAAAGAUCAUUGACAACGUGCGCGGUGAGAUCAACAAGAGACAGUGGAUCAUCUUUGACGGUGACGUCGACCCGGAAUGGGUAGAGAACCUGAACAGUGUCCUGGACGACAACAAGCUGCUGACCCUACCCAACGGAGAACGUCUCAGUCUGCCUCCUAAUGUGCGCAUCAUGUUUGAGGUGCAGGACCUGCGCUUUGCCACCCUGGCCACCGUCAGUCGCUGCGGCAUGGUCUGGUUCAGCGAGGACGUGCUCAGCACAGAGCUCAUCUGCGAGAACUUCCUGGCCCGCAUGCGCUACACCCCGCUGGAGGAGUCUGAGGAUCUGAUACCCACCAAGGAAUUUGGCAAGGCUGCGGAUAAGGAUAAGGACGGAACCCUGUCCCCGCUGAUGCAGAUUCAAACCGACUGCGCCAACAUCCUAGCCCCCCACUUCACCUCGGACGCCCUGGUCAUCCGCACUUUGGAGUACGCCUUCACCCAGGAGCACAUCAUGGACUUCACCAGGCUCAGGGCCCUGGGAUCGCUCUUCUCCAUGCUCAACCAGGGAGUGCGCAACAUCCUACAGUACAACAACACGCACCAUGACUUCCCAAUGCCGCGAGAACAGAUGGAGAAGUACAUCACCAACUACGUGAUCUACGCCAUCCUGUGGUCCUUCACCGGCGACAGUAAGAUGAAAACGCGUCAUGACAUGGGAGAUUUCAUCCGCAGCAUCACCACCAUCCCGCUGCCCCCUGCUUCACAGCAGUCCAUCAUUGAUUACGAGGUCAGCAUCACCGGCGACUGGGCUCCAUGGCAGAACAAGGUACCACAGAUUGAGGUAGAGACCCACAAGGUAGCCUCCCCCGACGUGGUGGUGCCCACCCUGGACACGGUGCGGCACGAGGCCCUGCUGUACACCUGGCUGGCCGAGCACAAGCCCAUGGUGCUGUGCGGACCGCCAGGCAGCGGGAAGACCAUGACGCUGUUCAGCGCCCUCAGGGCACUGCCAGAUAUGGAGGUUGUUGGUCUGAACUUCUCCAGCGCUACUACCCCAGAGCUGAUGUUGAAGACCUUAGAUCACUACUGUGAGUACAGGCGCACCCCUAACGGGAUCGUCCUGUCCCCUAUCCAGCUGAACAAGUGGUUGGUGGUCUUCUGCGAUGAAAUCAACCUCCCCGACAUGGAUAAGUACGGCACACAGCGUGUCAUUUCCUUCCUGCGACAGAUGUUGGAGCACGGUGGCUUCUACCGCACAUCAGACGAGAUGUGGAUCACCUUUGAGAGAAUCCAGUUUGUGGGUGCAUGCAACCCUCCCACUGACCCUGGACGAAAGCCCCUGUCACACAGAUUCCUGCGCCACGUGCCUGUGGUGUACGUUGACUACCCUGGCCCAGCUUCCCUGUCACAGAUCUACGGCACCUUCAACCGUGCCAUGCUACGUCUCAUCCCCAGCCUGCGCACCUACGCCGAACCCCUCACUAACGCCAUGGUGGAGUUCUACAUCAUGUCCCAGGAGCGUUUCACCCAGGACAUGCAGCCGCAUUACAUCUACAGCCCCCGUGAGAUGACGCGCUGGGUGCGCGGCAUCGUGGAAGCAUUGCGCCCUCUAGAGAACCUGUCAGUAGAGGGUCUGGUGCGCAUCUGGGCACAUGAGGCACUCCGUCUCUUCCAAGACAGACUUGUGGAGGAUGAGGAACGGCAGUGGACCGACGAGAACGUGGACGCCGUUGCCACCAAACACUUCCCCAACAUCAACAGGGUAGAGGCACUCAAGAGACCCAUCCUCUUCAGUAACUGGCUGUCCAAGGACUACAUCCCUGUGGAACAAGAAGAGCUGAGGGACUACGUCAAGGCCAGACUCAAGGUGUUCUACGAGGAAGAGUUGGACGUACCCUUGGUGCUGUUCAACGAAGUCCUGGACCACGUGCUGAGAAUUGAUCGAAUCUUCAGACAGCCACAGGGUCACUUGCUGCUGAUUGGUGUGAGCGGGGCUGGUAAGACCACACUGUCUCGCUUUGUGGCCUGGAUGAACGGCCUCAGCAUCGUGCAAGUCAAGGUUCACAACAAGUACACAGCGGAUGACUUUGAUGAAGAUCUGAGAACCGUUCUGCGCCGAGCGGGCUGCAAGGAUGAGAAGAUCUGCUUUGUCAUGGAUGAGUCCAACGUGCUCGACUCCAGCUUCCUGGAACGCAUGAACACACUGCUGGCCAACGGAGAGGUGCCCGGACUGUUUGAGGGUGACGAGUACACCACACUGAUGACACAGUGCAAGGAAGGAGCGCAGAGGAAGGGUAACAUGCUGGACUCUAGCGAAGAACUCUACAAGUGGUUCACUCAUGAGGUGAUGCGCAAUCUGCACGUCGUCUUCACCAUGAACCCAUCCUCUGAGGGUCUCAAGGACCGAGCAGCCACCUCCCCUGCUCUCUUCAACAGGUGCGUGCUGAACUGGUUCGGUGAUUGGUCCACACACGCCCUGUAUCAAGUGGGGAAGGAAUUCACCAGCAAGAUAGAUCUGGACAAGUCUGAUUACUGUCCGCCCACUAGCCUGCCGAUGGCCUACGAAGGCGUGCCUAGCACCCCGACCCACAGAGAGGCCAUCGUCAAUGCCUACGUCUACGUGCACCAGACUCUCCACCAGGCCAAUGAGAGAGUCCAGAAGCGAGGGGGGCGGGUCAUGGCCAUAACGCCCAGGCACUACCUGGAUUUCAUUCAUCACUACGUCAAGUUGUACCAGGAGAAGCGCUCAGACCUGGAGGAGCAACAGCUCCAUCUCAACGUGGGCCUGCAGAAGAUCAAAGAGACGGUGGAACAGGUGGAGGAGCUCCAGAAAUCCCUGGCACGCAAGAGCCAAGAGCUGGAGGCCAAGAACGCUGCCGCCAACGCCAAACUCAAACAGAUGGUGAAAGACCAGCAGGAAGCAGAGAAGAAGAAGGUGACAUCCCAGGAGAUCCAGGCGGCCCUGACCGUGCAGACGGCCGAGAUUGGAGAGAAGCGAGAAUAUGUCAUGGCUGACUUGGCCAAGGUGGAGCCUGCGGUGCGUGACGCCCAACAAGCCGUGAAGGGCAUCAAGAAGCAGAAUCUGGUGGAGAUCCGUUCCAUGGGCAACCCCCCAGUACUGGUCAAGCUGGCCCUGGAGUCCAUCUGCCUUCUCCUGGGGGAGAACACGUCGGACUGGAAGGCCAUCCGUGGUAUCAUCAUCAGGGAUAACUUCAUCAGUACCAUCGUCAACUUCAACACUGAGAACAUCUCCGAGGAUACCCGAGACAAGAUGAUGAAGAAAUACAUGUCCAACCCUGACUUCAACUUUGAGAAGAUGAACCGAGCCAGCUUGGCCUGUGGUCCCAUGGUGAAAUGGGCCAUCGCUCAGAUCAGCUACGCCGAUAUGCUUCACCGCGUGGAGCCUCUCCGUAGCGAGCUGGAACGUUUGGAGAAUGAAGCCGACAAGAACAAGAUCAAACAGGAGCAGGUCAACAAGCUGGUAGCUGAGCUGGAGCACAGCAUCGCCGGAUACAAGGAGGAGUACGCUCAGCUCAUCAGCCAGGCACAGGCCAUCAAGAGCGACCUGGAGUCAGUGGAAAUCAAGGUGAACCGCAGCACAGCCCUGCUGAGAAGCCUGUCCCACGAGCGUGAGCGUUGGGAGACCGGCAGUGAGUCCUUCAAGGCCCAGAUGGCCACCAUCUUGGGCGACGUCCUCCUGUCCUCGGCGUUCAUGGCCUACGCCGGCUACUUUGACCAGCAGAUGCGGCAGAAUCUCUUCAACAGCUGGGCUUCCCAUCUCCAGGCCGCCUGCAUCAAGUACCGAUCCGACAUUGCCAGAGUGGAGUAUUUGUCUAACGCCGACGAGCGUCUUCGCUGGCAAGCCAACGCCCUGCCCUCGGACGACCUGUGCACGGAGAACGCCAUCAUGCUGAACCGCUAUAACCGGUACCCGCUCAUCAUUGAUCCCUCAGGCCAGGCCACGGAGUUCAUCCUCAACGAGUACAGGGACAAGAAGAUUACCAAGACAAGCUUCUUGGAUGAUGCAUUCCGCAAGAACCUGGAAAGCGCCCUGCGAUUUGGUAACCCAUUGCUGGUGCAGGAUGUGGAGAACUACGAUCCAAUCUUGAACCCUGUGCUGAAUCGCGAGGUGCGGCGUACCGGCGGCCGUGUACUCAUCAGCUUGGGAGACCAGGACAUCGAUUUGUCGCCAGCUUUCAUGAUCUUCCUGUCGACCAGAGACCCAACUGUGGAGUUUUCUCCAGACAUCUGCUCCAGGGUGACCUUUGUCAACUUCACCGUCACCAGGAGCAGUCUGCAGAGCCAGUGCCUGAACCAGGUGUUGAAGGCUGAACGUCCUGACGUUGAUGAGAAACGCUCCGAUCUUCUCAAACUCCAAGGCGAGUUCAACCUUCGUCUUCGUCAGCUGGAGAAAUCCUUGCUGCAAGCUCUGAAUGAUACCAAGGGACGCAUACUGGAUGAUGACAGCAUCAUCACCACCCUGGAGACACUGAAGAAGGAAGCCGCCGAGGUGACACGCAAGGUGGAGGAGACGGACGUGGUCAUGGCCGAGGUGGAGACCGUCUCCCAGCAGUAUCUGUCCUUGGCCCAGUCCUGCAGUAGCAUGUACUUCACUCUGGAGGCUCUCAACAGGGUGCACUUCCUGUACCAGUACUCCCUCAAGUUCUUCCUGGAGAUUUUCAACUCCGUGCUGUCGGAAAACGAACACCUGAACAACGUCAGCGAGCACGGCUCACGCCUGUCCAUCAUUACCAAGGAUCUCUUCCAGGUGAUUUAUAACCGCGUAGCUCGUGGCAUGCUCCACCAAGAUCGCAUCAUGUUCUGCAUCCUACUGUGCCGCAUCAACCUGAGGGGCGUCUCCAGUGAGCCCGACUACAGCGCCGAAUUCCAGCACUUCCUCCGGGGCGCCGAGCAGACCAUCUCCACCGCCAAGGUGCCCAAAUACGCCGGCAUGUCCAACGAGCAGGUGGAGUCCAUGCUGCGUCUGGCCAAGCUGCCGGCCUUCGAGGGUCUGCUGCAGUUUGUGGAAUCCAAGAUGAAUUUUGGCCAGUGGUCAGAGAGUGUUGGACCAGAGAAUAACGUCCCUGCCUGUUGGAAGGAGGUGUCACCUCUGAGUGCGAUCGGUCAGGCCCUGCACCGUCUGCUCAUCAUCCAGACAUUCCGGCCAGACCGUCUCUUAGCAUCCUGUCAACUCUUCGUCUCGGCCGUCUUUGGAGAGCAGUUCCUUCACUCAGCCGAGCAAGAACUGGACUUAUCCAACAUGGUGGAGAACGAGUUGAAGUGCAGCACUCCAGUCCUGCUGUGCUCUGUGCCAGGUUACGACGCCAGCAGCCGCGUGGAAGACCUAGCGGCCGAGGUCAACAAAGGCUUGUCCUCUAUUGCCAUCGGUUCCGCCGAGGGUUUCAGUCAAGCAGACAAGGUCAUCAACUCUGCCUCCAAGACCGGAAAGUGGGUGAUGCUGAAGAACGUGCAUCUGGCUCCCCAGUGGCUGGUGCAACUGGAGAAGAAGCUGCACAGUCUGUCACCGCAUCCCAGCUUCAGACUCUUCCUGACUAUGGAGAUCAACCCCAAGGUUCCAGUCAACCUGCUGCGAGCUGGUCGCAUCUUGGUCUUCGAGCCUCCACCAGGUGUCAAGGCUAACCUGCUCAAGACAUUCAGCACCGUCCCUGCGUCACGUAUGAACAAGGCGCCCAAUGAGCGUGCUCGCCUGUACUUCCUCCUUGCCUGGCUCCAUGCCAUCGUCCAGGAACGCUUGACCUACUCACCCCUAGGCUGGGCCAAGAAGUAUGAGUUCAGCGAUUCAGACCUGCGCUGUGCCUGCGACACAUUGGACAUCUGGAUUGACACAGCCGCUAAGGGUCGGUCCAAUCUUCCUCCAGACAAGGUUCCCUGGGACGCCCUCAAGACCCUCCUGUCACAGUGCAUCUAUGGCGGCCGCAUUGACAAUGACUUUGACCAGCGUCUCUUGACCGCCUUCGUCAACAAGCUGUUCAGGGUCAGCAGCUUCGAGUCGGACUUCUCUCUCAUCAAGGAUAUCGACGGCAAGGGCAGGAACAUCAACAUGCCCGACGGAAUCAGACGUGAGCAGUUUGUGCAGUGGGCAGAGGGACUACCAGAGAACCAGACACCAUCAUGGCUCGGACUGCCGAACAAUGCCGAGAAAGUGCUGCUAACCAACCUAGGAGCCAGUAUGAUCUCCAAGCUUCUCAAGAUGUCCAUGCUGGAUGAGGAGGAUGAUUUCACCACCCCAGCCUCCGAGAGGAAGAAACGGCCGGGAUCUACGUCUGAUGGCAGGCCAGCAUGGAUGCGCAUCCUACACACGUCCGUCAAGAACUGGAUGUCUAUCAUCCCCAAGUCGUUGACUCUACUCAAGCGCACCGCCGAAAACAUCAAGGACCCGCUCUUCCGCUUCUUUGAGCGGGAGAUCAACCACGGCGCCACGUUGCUGCGCGACGUGCGCACCGACAUGCAGAGCGUGGUCCUGGUGUGCGAGGGACGGAAGAAGCAGACCAAUCAUGACCGGGAGCUGAUCGGGGACCUGGCCAAGGGGAUCCUACCGAAGAGCUGGAAUCGCUACACGGUGCCGGCGGGACUGACGGUCAUCCAGUGGGUGUCGGACUUCAGCGAGAGAGUCAAGCAGCUGCAGAAGAUUGCCUCCGCGGCCAGCAGCGGCGGGGCCAAAGAACUCAAGACUCAAGAUGUGUGGCUUGGUGGCUUGUUCACUCCAGAGGCCUACAUCACAGCAACCAGGCAGUUUGUAGCUCAAGCCAACAGCUGGUCUCUUGAAGAACUGUACCUGCAGGUGACAGUUUCGGAUCCCGGCCAACAGCUCAAGAUGGACGACUGCAGUUUUGCUGUUACAGGGCUGAAACUACAAGGAGCCAACUGCAAGGGCAACAAGCUGUACAUCACAUCUGUUAUCUCAACAGACUUGCCGCCUACCGUCUUCAAAUGGGUCCGAGGAACUUCCCAAGCAAGUAAAACCAAGGUAUUGCUGCCGGUCUACCUGAACCAGACCAGAGCUGAACUCCUUUUCACCGUCAACAUCGAAAGCGGUGACGGGGAAGGCCCCAGCAAGGGACACAGCUUCUACGAGAGAGGCGUAGCCCUGCUCUGCAAUGGGCUGUCUGCUUAAGACAAGCCAGACUAGACACUUUGGUCACUGCGCUCUUGAAAGAUUAAGUAAAACUUCCCAUCAUGUAACAAGUUUGAUGUUGUCAGAAUUUAAAUUGUGACCAUUUAAUUGUUCAGUUCCAUCUCCCAAGCAUUGUUCACUUUUCAUUAGUGGUAAAGUUUCUGCAGGGUUAUAUUUUGAAGUAGACUUUAUGUUGGGGUUGAAGUGUUUUGGGAGCUACUUUUCUGUAGUCUUAUAGAGUGUGGUGUAUUGUGUAAGAUGGCUGUAUUGCUAAGAACGAACUGGUUCAUACUGUAACCGUGUUGUGCGAACAGUUAGCUUGGGUAAUUUUUAAGCAUAAUACGAAGUGAAGUUUCUCUUAAGAAUGAUACUACAUUGUAAUUUUGCAGUAAUGUUUAAAUUUUGGUCACCGGAAUAUAUGAAGAAUAAAGUUGAGAAAAUUCUUGAUAUUAUUGUUCAUCAGUGCAUAGGAUUUUGAUUUGCUUGCAUGAUUAAAUUCAGCUGAGAAAAACUAAUAAAGUACAUGUAAUUUCAAAAAAAAAAAAUCUUUGCCUUAAAUAUACACUGGAAUAAAUAGACGCUUUAAUGCUUAUUCGGAACAGAUUUCUAGAAAAUAAUUCAAGAUUCAAAAUCAUUGCUUACUUUUUUUUAUGCAUUUUGAUGCAUGUUUGAAUUUAGAAGAGAAAGUUAUAAAUGCUUCAUUUCUUAUGUCGUGAAUAUGAUUAGAAUGCAUGACAUAAAGUAAAAAAAAUGAAAAAGCACAAAGUAUAGUGGAAAACAUUUGGAAUGUAGCUUUAAUAUAGGACAAGUUCGGUAGUUUUUUGCUGAGAGGUUUAACAGUAAAGUAAAGUUAAAAAAAAUAAUAAAAAAAUAAUAAUUGUGGGUUAUAAUUGGCAAGUUUUGGAUUGUAAUUUUAAUUUAGAAAAAUCGACAAAUACUUUUGACUUUUUUCUCUUAAUUUGUGUCUGGAUGCCACUCAUUUUCGAUCACCUUAUUACAGUGGAAUAAUAGUAAAAAAAAAAAAGAAACGCAUGGCGCAUGAAGAAUGCAUUAUAGAGUAGGUUGUCAAAACAGAAUAUGAAGACUUUUUUGUUUUUUUUUUGUCUUUUCUUUUUUUAGAUCUUUGCAGUUACUGUUUUUAAUUGUUCAAUUUGGGGAAUUUAUGCUGUAAUCAAAGACAUUUAUUAACAGGGAAGUUGGUCUGGUUGAUAUUAGUAAGUUGAAUUAUGAAGGUGAUAAAACUAAAACUAAAAUUUCCAUUUCACCAGUUUUUCCAUUUGAUUUCACAUCAGUAAGCUUAGAUGGCAAAGGUUAAUGCAUUAUGAUACUAGUGAUGUAAGCUGUUCUAAACGAAAAUUCUAACAUAAAUUGCAAAAAAUAAUAAUGGAUUAAUUGUGCAUGAACAAGUUGAAUUAGAUGUGCUGCUGCAAAGAGUAUUUGAAUGUCUGUAAUGAUCAAUAAAGAAAUUAGAAUAUAGCAAGUCACUCUUUUCCU